AUGUCUAGCGACGACGCGUCGCCUUCAAAACGGCCAUGCCCCGAUCCCGAUGCAACGCCGACAAAGCCUCGCGCUACAGGUCCUAUGGGGAAAUCUGCACCUUCGGACGGCUUAGGCGAUGGCAGCAGUAAUGCCUCGUCCCGUUCCUCAUCCAAACGGAGCCGUAGCAGUCCCACGAAGGGCCUUGCGUUCUUGCGCAUUGAGCACAUUAUUGUCCAUAGGUCGUUCCGUGGGCAAAAAGCACCACCACCAGCUCUUAAAGAGAUUGUGUGGCAUAUCAAGCAAGACGCAUUCGGGAUGGACAUUUUCUCACCUUCUGAUAUUGAUGUGAUUCGAGCGACCGCGAAUCCCAUAUUCGAUGAGCUGCUUGAUACACCUCGUCUGGUCGACUUGACCGGCAAACGGGAGGAAUUAGGCAAACUGCCAGACAUAGAUACCAUCCUAAACAUCUGGGAAGAAGCCCAAGACUGCGAACUGGACGGUCAUUCAGAGGCAUCCUGGAACUGUGCCGUCCACUAUCCCCUGCUGAACGCCGCGCUACGGCUGGCCAAAGUUAAUCAACCAGAUGUCCAGAAACAGGUUCAAAUCAAAGCCUUUAACGUCACGACCGCCCAGGUGCCAAGGCCGUAUGCUACAUACACAGCUAACACCAGCUACAACAAACGCAUUGAUUUUUGCAUUUCUAUCAAGCCGGAAAGGGAAUCGCCGUUGAGCGAUGCUCUGUAUCGUGUUGCCCAGCAGUCUGCGCAUCUCUCCGUCAACCAUACAGACUACACACCCCUCAUCAACAGCCCCAUCAGUCUGAGCAUCGAGACAAAGCGGACGGGCCAAGAUUGGGAGGCUGCCCUGCAACAGGUGAGUACGUGGAUGGCAGGCCACUGGAAGCGGCUCCGUGAGCUCGCGCAAGAGUCCGGCGCAGAAGGGUUGGAAUUUCUCCCUGGAAUUAUCAUACAGGGGCACGACUGGAUGUUCAUUGCGGCUACCCAGGGCCGCGUACUUGAUGGCAACGACCGAGAGACGAUAAUCUGGAGCAAGAUCCCGAUUGGAUCCACAGAUGGGAUCCAAGGUAUUUGCCAGAUCAUUACUGUUCUGCAGAGGUUGGCUACGUGGUCCGCUCAGUCACAUUGGCCUUGGUUCCAACGCACUGUGCUAGGUAGUGGUGACACCUGA